AUGAAUGAGAUUAAGGUAUCUUCUACAUUCCCCUUCCAAAUUGUUGAAUGGCCAAAUGUUCUUGGAAGUAUUGGUUUGGGCCGCCAUUCCAUCACACACGAAGAGGUAUUCAUUAAAGAAUACUGCUUUUCCAGCUUAGCAGAUGAAGCAAACCUUCUCAAUGUUUCAUCAGGCGGUAUUGGAAUACCUGUCCUUCAUUGGUGUGGCUCUGUUAAUGGGAAAGAAGUCAUGGUGACCGAUACAUAUGGUCCGUCUUUGGAAGACCUUUUCUCCCAAUCAGGUCGCUAUUUCAGUUUCAAAACACUUAUUGAAUUCGCGGACCAAUUACUCGCUCGUGUCGAGUUCAUUCAUUCUAGAAAAAUUAUACACGGAGACCUCAGUCCGUGGUCAUUCGCUAUGGGCAAUCCAGGGUGGCAAAGCCAACAAAUUCUCCUUGUGGAUUUUGCAACCAAGGCUGAAGCGAACACGUCUGCGCUCGAUGACCUCCAUGCUAUAGGACAGAUCUUGAUGUACUUCUACAGUGGUGCAAGCUCCUGGGAAUUAUUUCAACAAGCAAAGGAUUGUGAAAAAGACACCGCACCAGCAUUCGCCAGGUUCCACAGAGCAGUUCGGUCUUGUCGAAAAAUCAACUACAACAUGCUAAGGAGUAUCUUCCGGGAUGCAUAUGAGGACCUUACUUUUAAUCUCGCGGUUGCAUUGGAUCUGUAUGGCCCAAGGGCUAUUACGUACGGCCCCCUAUCGCGUAUGGGGUCGUCGUCGCCCGGCGCAAAUUCCGGCUGUGAUUUUCAAUCACUGAAUACGGAACUCUCACACGCUGGGAGACUCUUAGAGGGCACUGGCCCCCUAUCUAAGUCAAACUCAGUUGAACUUCUUGCAUCGCUUGACAAGAUCACCGAGCUCUAUUCAGCCCUGUUACACCGGGACCGAGCAAUCGAAAGGGGUGGACAUAUCACAAACUCAUAUGCUCUCCCUAACCGGCUGUGGAGAGACUUGCGUUGGAUUUUGGAGGGUACACGGGAAGGGCCAGCUUGUUGUCGACUUGCAGUUGUUGGAAAAUGCUAUAAGUUUAUAGGUGUCUUAUAUGAGGCGAUUCCGUCUUACAGAGUAUAUUGGGUGAAGUAUCUGUUAACAAUUGCACGGAUUCAAAGAGAGAUUGAGCCACCUUGCAGCAAGUCUCCCUGGACGCAGAACAUGUAUUAUUGGCAGGAUAUUUAUGAUAGUUUGCAAUCUUGA